AUUUAAAUGUUUAAAAUUCCAUGUUAUGUAUAUACAUAUAUUAAAUUUAGAUAUAAAAUUUUAAACAGGACCAUUCAAGAUCCUGCCAGUCAACGACUGACGUGGAACAAACCACCUCUUACUGUUCUAGUGAUUAAGAAAGUCCAUGACACAUCAGUUAUUCAACCAUUUAUUGAUUUAGUAAAAUGGCUCUUAUAUGAAAAACAUAUGGUUGUAUUUGUUGAAGCUUCUGUUCUUGAAGAUGUUCAUCUUCUUAGUAACCAAAUGUUCAUCCCUAUUAAGGAUAAAUUAUCAACUUUCAAAGAAGGUACUGAUGAUCUCACAGACAAAAUUGAUUUCAUUAUAUGUCUUGGAGGAGAUGGAACACUUUUAUAUGCUUCUUCUUUAUUUCAGCAAAGUGUUCCUCCUGUCAUGGCUUUCCAUUUGGGUUCUUUAGGUUUCUUAACUCCUUUUGAAUUUGAUAAUUUUCAAGAGCAAGUCACUAAUGUGUUAGAAGGACAUGCUGCCUUAACAUUAAGGAGUCGACUCAGAUGCAUCAUUGUUCGUAAAUCUGAUGGCAGUGAAAAAAGUAAUAAGCCAUUAACAAAUUUUUUGGUAAGUUUUGAAAACUUAAUUACAUCUAAUUAAAAUAUAUUUUUAUAC